CCGGGCCGCGAAGAAGGGGCGGGGGCGAGGAGCGGCCCGGGAGGGUGUAGCUUUGUCUCCGCCAGGCCAGGCGCAGGGAAGCCGCAAACUCGGGCCGGGAGCGCAGCGGGUCCAGCUCAGCCCGGGCAGCAGGCGGCCCCCAGGCCCCGCGCAGGAGUUUUGUUUAGACACAAUGUCCGCUCCAGCAUCCCAUCUGCCAGCUCCCAGUGGCUACCCAAUCCCAUCAGCACCCCCAACAUAUGAAGAGACAACAGGAAUAAACACUUACCCUCCUUAUCCUGCCCCGGAAUCUGGGCAUGGACCAAACAUGAAGAGUAUGAAUCCUCCUCCGUAUCCUUCACAACCUGUUCCAGCUCCUAAUCCAAUUACAGUUCAGACUGUGUACGUGCAGCAGCCAGUAACAUUUUAUGAUCGCCCAGUUCAGAUGUGCUGCCCCUCCUGCAACAAGAUGAUAGUGACACGUCUCUCGCACACUUCAGGAGCACUGACCUGGCUGUCAUGCGGCAGCCUCUGCCUGCUGGGGUGCAUAGCUGGUUGCUGUUUCAUCCCCUUCUGUAUUGAUGCCCUCCAGGAUGUGGAUCACUAUUGUCCAAGCUGCCAAGCCCUCCUUGGUACCUACAAGCGUUUGUAGGCAAUACCAAAAAUAAGUGAAGAUGGAUGUCCAAGAUUGUUCAGCACCUUUUCAAGCUCUUUCUGAACUUCAUGAAGAUCUCUGUGCAUUGUCAUUGUGAAUGGAUCAAGAUUUAUCUCACUGUUGUUUUAAUAGUAAGAAUCUGCUUAGGGGGACUCAGGACUGGUAAGGGGAUAUAUAGUCUGUCACUUCACAGGCCACGUAGUCAAGUUGGUAGUGACCAAAUGUUGUCCCUCUUUGGUUUAUGCAAAAUAGCUGAUGGUGUGGGUCUGGUUAAUAUUAGAAAGUUCCCUAUGUGGAUUGACACCUUUGUCACAGAGACCAAGGUCUGAACUUGCACACAGGCAAACUUACCUUCUUACGCCUAGAAGUGAUGCCUCUGGGAAAGUAUUGAAGCGGGUUGGCAGGGGACUGUUUGUGAUGGUCCUAUUCUGUGGCUAAAAAGGACUUCUGGUCUCCAGUGUAGUCAAUCUGAUACCUUUUACAUGCACUAAAAUUCACUUUAAAUUUGUUUUUAAAAAUUGCCUUUAAAAGAAACAGAACCAAAAAUAGCCUUACGUUUUUGGCUUUUCCCUUAGGCUGCUUUACCAAAUCCAGCCCACUCAGGCUACCACGUCAGAUGGCUUUUCAACAUGGUAUCCCAGUUUCCUUGCUGUUUGUGAGUUCAGUCAGACCUUUAGCACUGCACAGAGUGUUUUUGUGCAGGAUUUUUUUUAUAAAUAUAUGUAUGUAUAUUUUUUUUUACUGCUGAGUUAUAAAUCUGUGAAAAUAGCUUUCUGAUGGAAAUGCUGAUAGAGCCAUGGCUCUAUCAGUGUUGUCUUUCCUAUAAUAUAAUUACAUGAGCCAAAUAGUAAAUCCUUAAAAAAACAAAACAAAAAAAAACAAACCUGAGGCCUUUAAGUUUAUAAAGCUUGGAUUCCAUCUGCAUAAAUGUGUUUAAAAAAUCAAAACAAAAUAACUUUUUACUUGCUGUUGGUGUAAUCUGAUCACAUCUUUUCAUUAAGAAGGUAACGUCUUUCGUUAAGGAGUUUCACUGAGUGAGUGCUAGCUGGAUAAGACUUUAUGGUGAUAUUUCAAAUGAAAGAGAAGUUUCCAAAAUGAAAUAUGGGGUAGAAUUUCCAGAGACUGAUCACAGGAAUUGAGGUGUGAGUCUCUGAAGGUUGAAGUACUUCUCAUUAUUGGGGUAGAGUGGUCUGAUAGAAACUACAGCCUAACACUGCUCCUUGUGUCAGGCAGAGCAUGAUUCCACCACUGAAGGUUCAAAUGUGUUUGCUGUGAUUUGGUUGAAUGAGGUCUGUGUAAAAAAGCAACAUUAGAAGUUGAGUUUAAAUAUGAGCUGUGAUUGUAAAGUUGUAUUAACCCAUGUAAACAAUAAAUAUUGCAACUAUAAUUCUUUAAAAAAAAAAAAGUCUCUCUAAAUAUUUGGAAUAGGGGUAACUUUCUUCCCCAAAACAUUACAACUUGUAACAUUGAAAUGCAGUGGCUAUUGUACUACAGAUACAUAGCUGACUUAUUUCUUUAUUUUUCUAAACUGAUUAUGCUUUUUGUGGUUCAAUUUGCAAGUGGUUUUAAGAACUCCUUCUAUAUUUAGAAAAAGUUUCAGGUCUGAUAUUUAGCACACCACAAGAAUUUACCAAAGUAGCAGCUAACUGACAACAGAAUAAUGGAGAUAAAGAGCUGAAACUAUUUUAUGUACUUUACACUCUGCAUUUAUGGUGUUUGUGUAUUACAUGUGUGCUAUCUAUAGACAGAGGUUACCAUAACUCAAGAAAACCAAAGCUUGAUGGGGUUUGGGGGAGGAAUAGCUCAGUGGUUUGAGCAUUGGCCUGCUCAACCCAGGGUUGUGAGUUCAGUCCUUGAGGGGGCCAUUUGGGGAACUGGGGCAAAAAAUCUAUCUGGGGAUUGGUCCUGCUUUGAGCAGCAGGUUGGACUAGAUGACCUCCUGAGGUCCCUUCCAACCCUGAUAUUCUAUGAAUAGCAAUACCUCAUAGUGCCCAGAAGCGUCAGUAGGGGUGACUUCUGUGGAAAGCAGAAAAGCAGGUUUAUGCAAGUAUUUAAAGUUUUUUUUUUUUGUAUUGUAAUCCAAA